UUAUGAAAAAACCAAUAGGGAGCUUUUCUUUUUGCUGUUCUGAACCUUUGGAGUCCAUGUACUGUUUGGAUUUCUGCCCAUAAAGUAGAGUGGUUGUUAGGCAGGGUGCUCACUGCUCAUUUAGAUUUGGAUUUGAGUGGCAGGAACAUGUGACUGCUGUGCAGAGUUAUUUUUGAUGUGGGUGUUGGCCUCUCCUCAGAAACCAUAGCAAGUUAGUGUGAGAUGUGUUGGUAGAGGCUCAGAAAAGGACAAGCUUCGUAAUAUGAGUUUUUGAACUUUCAAACAUGGGUUGUUGCUUUAGCAAGGAAUUAAGUAGUAACAAUGACAAUGAAAAAACUGGUCUGUUACAAAAGUCUGUGGAGAAGAAGGAACCGAAGAACAAGAUAAGUAAAACUUUAUCUUCAUUAUUUGGUACCCUUGAAGGUGAAGAAUUUUACAAUGUUGAAAAUGGAGUCAGCAGAGCAGCUGCAGGCAUUAAUAAGUGGACUAAAAUUUUUACAGGGUCUGAUCACAAACAAGAUCAUAGAACAAAGCGGUCAAAGAACUUUAUUUCCUCUUUGGUACCAACAACUAAGGUUUCAGAGCUUAACCCUAAUGCAAAAGUAUGGGAGACUCAUAUGUUACAUUUAGAGGCAAGUAAUGCAGCUGUUGGUGUAAGUGCCACAUGGGAAGAGGCCUCUGGCUCUCGAGCAGACUGCAGCCCACAGGGAUUGGAUGCCAAUGGCGAUGGUGACAAAAGUCAAGAGAAUGCAGCAUUCCCAGAUGUACAGGAGUCAGACCAGACAGACAUGAACACCCUGACUCUGGACCACUCUGAAUAUGAAUCGCUGCCUGAAAAUAGUGAAACAGGAGGAAAUGAAUCUCAUUCAGAAAGCCAGGAAGACCCCCGGGAACUACUUAAGAAGACAUUGGAAUUCUGCUUAUCUAGGGAGAAUCUUGCUAGUGAUAUGUAUCUUAUAUCACAGAUGGAUAGUGAUCAAUAUGUGCCAAUUACAACUGUAGCUAACCUUGACCAUAUCAAGAAACUCAGUACUGACAUGGAUUUGAUUGUUGAAGUGCUAAGAUCUUUACCUUUGGUCCAGGUGGAUGAGAAGGGAGAAAAAGUAAGGCCAAAUCAAAAUCGUUGCAUAGUAAUAUUGCGUGAAAUAUCUGAAUCUACCCCUGUGGAAGAAGUAGAAGCACUAUUUAAAGGAGAUAAUUUACCAAAAUUCAUAAACUGUGAAUUUGCUUAUAAUGAUAAUUGGUUUAUUACAUUUGAAACAGAAGCUGAUGCACAGCAGGCUUAUAAAUACCUGCGAGAAGAAGUUAAAACUUUUCAAGGAAAGCCAAUUAAGGCACGGAUAAAAGCAAAGGCAAUAGCUAUAAACACAUUUUUGCCAAAGAAUGGAUUUAGACCUCUGGACAUGAACCUUUAUACACAGCAGCGUUACACAACAUCGUUUUAUUUACCUCCAGUAUACAGUCCCCAGCAGCAGUUUCCUCUGUACAGCCUGAUUACCCCCCAGACGUGGUCAGCAACGCAUAGCUAUCUUGAUCCAUCCUUGGUAACUCCAUUCCCAAAUACUGGAUUUAUAAAUGGGUUUACAUCUCCAACCUUCAAACCUGCAACAUCUCCUUUGACUUCACUCAGACAGUAUCCUCCUAGAAGCAGGAAUCCUAGUAAGUCUCAUCUGCGCCAUGCGAUUCCUAGUGCAGAGAGAGGACCUGGGCUGCUAGAAAGUCCUUCAAUAUUUAACUUCACCGCAGAUCGAUUAAUUAAUGGUGUCCGGAGCCCACAGACAAGGCAAACAGGGCAAAGUAGAACACGAAUACAAAACCCUUCAACUUAUGCCAAGAGAGAUAUUGGGACUGGGCGUGUGGAGCCAAGUAGUCUUGAAUCUUCUCCUGGUUUAGGGAGAGGAAGGAAAAAUUCCUUUGGCUAUCGGAAGAAAAGGGAGGAGAAGUUUGCAAGCAGCCAGACUCAGUCUCCAACACCACCAAAGCCUCCAUCACCAAGCUUCGAACUAGGGCUGUCCAACUUCCCCCCAUUACCUGGAGCCGCAGGGAAUUUGAAGACAGAAGACUUGUUUGAAAACAGACUUUCUAGCUUGAUAAUAGGAUCAUCAAAAGAAAGAAGCGUCAAUGCAGAUGCAAGUACAAACACUAUUUCUGCAGUGGUCCCAAGAGAGUCCUCCAUGCCGGCUUCCUGUGCUGUAUCAGCAACAUAUGAACGAUCCCCUUCCCCAGCCCAUGUACCUGAGGAUCCCAAGGUGGUAGAAAAGCAGAGGGAAACCCAUAGUGUGGACAGACUCCCUUCUGCCGUUACUACAAGCACAUGUAAAUCGGUGCAGGUGAAUGGAGCUACCACAGAAUUACGAAAGCCCAGUUAUGCAGAGAUUUGUCAGAGAACGAGUAAAGAUCCUCCUGCUUCCCCACUGCAACCACAAAAGGAACAAAAGCCAAACACUGUCAGUUGUGGAAAGGAGGAAAAGAAGCUGGCUGAGCCCGUGGAGAGAUACAGGGAGCCCCCUACCCUCAAGUCCACUCCUGGAGUUCCCAAAGACCAGAGGAGGCAGCCUGGUCGCCGACCCUCACCCCCAGCUGUUGGGAAGCGUCUCAGCAGAGAACAGAACACUCCCCCAAAGUCUCCUCAGUGAAAACCGUAUGCCUGGGAGGGGUCACAAAGAGCUGUGUUAAUCACAAAGAAACUCUUCCCACUCAGUACGAGAAUGAGUUGCUGGUUAGGAGCUUGCAGUGUUUGAGGCCCAUGGGAUGCCUGCAAGUUAUUUUUCUGUGAGGCAGAUUGUCCCCCUCUUGAGAAAAAUCUAUUUUUAAGGAUUUAAUUAAUAUAAACCUUAUUUUAGGUUGGUGCUUAACCGGAGGUGAUGCAUAAGUCUGAUUUUUUUCAGGAUAGAAAAUGCAUUUAUCUUAACGAAUUGAUAUUUUUUAUUAAGCCUCCACAUGGCUCUGAAUGCAAGCUAUACAUAGUGAGUUUUUCUAAAUUAAAGGAACUAUUUUUUUCUUUCUUCCUUUUUUUUUUUAAUACCUGGUCUGCAAGUGCAUAUCUUUAGGUGUCCCAGCAGUUGGAUGAAGGCUGAUGGUGCUGGCAGGGCAGCCUCAACCUUGCAAAGGAAGAAGCUGGCAAUGUCAGGGCACCGAGACACUGGCAUGGGAGCUUUGUUCUCAUCUGAGCCUUUAGCAGGGCUUAUAUAUACAUAGUCAUUUUUUGAUCCUGGUAGACAGAAUGAACCUGUGGAGAGCACCCUAGAAAGAUCAAAUACCUUUGAGUUUUGAUGUACUGCAAGCAAGUAACCAGCUUCUCACUCCAGUUUCAAGUGGCUAUUGUGUAAAAUAAAUUCAAAGCACAUUGUGAAUAGAACUUAAAUGAAGAUACAAACUUUGUUGCCCACUGACAUUUUGCCACAAAGUUAAGCCACAAUAUUACAAUGUUGUUUUGAUCCCUGCAAGCAGGCUGCCUGGCUCAGGCUUGGUGUGCCUACUUCUGGCACAUUUCUAUCCAUGUCCUCCUACCCCGGCCCAUCCCUGCACUCUCAGAGAGAGUCCACAAUCUUAGUCAGCUCCAUGUGGAGUCUUCCUGUACCUCUGCGUCAGCACAUGGAUUGAAAAGUAUGCAGCCAUGAGAGAAUGGUAUUCGUAGUUUUUUUCCCUCUUUGGCUGGAGGACAGAAAUUCCUGCUCUUUUUACCUCUAAGACGAGGGUCUCAUUGAUUCACUUCUAGAAGUGCUAUGCUUCUGAAGAACAAGGAUGCACUAAAGUUAGCAAGUUUAUAAUAAAGUUAAAUAUAAAUUAUUUUGUUUUAAAAUGCCUAAAAUUUUUGUUUUUUUAAGUAUUCUAAGCAGCAGACAUGAAAAUAUUUCCUGCUAAAUAUAACCAUACAGUUUAUUCCACAAAAUGUUAUUUAACAAGACUGAGGGUUUUUUUAAAAAAAAAUUUAUUUCCAUCCAAUAUUUAAAGACUUGAAUUUUAUUUAAACUUGAAAAUGACUUUGCCUUAACUUUUGUAUAAGACAGCUUAGAGCUCAUGGAGACUGGCCCCUGGGUUGGCAGGAGUGGAUCAGAGUUACUCAGUUACCGUGUGGAUCUCUUUGUCGUUAGUUUUGCUGAGUAAGCAUACUGUAGUGCAAGAACUAGCAGUAGUUUUUGUAAUAUACUUAAAGAUCUUCAACAGUUGAUCUUUUUUCAGAUUGUUGAAAAAUCCUGUAAAUGCAAAUAGUCAAUACUGUAUUAAAUAUGUGCACUUGGGAGUGUGCUUUGCCUGUACAUUUGUAAAUAAUCAGAACAUAUUAAAAGGUACCCUACAGAGAAAAAUCUGAUAAAAAUUAUUGAUAUAUUAUAAAUGUUGCUGUUGAGCUGGAUGUAGAUAAACUAAAUGUUGUGGUUUGAAUAUUUUAAUUUGUUGAGGUGUUUUUUUUUUUUUUCUCUCUCUCUCAUACUGGUAUGUUGAACUGAUUCUGCCUCUGCUGCAAAAGGGAAACGGAAAGUCUUAUUAAAAGCCUUUAGAUGUUUUCAUACUUUAAAAAACAUAAAUUCAUACAUACCUAAUGUGAAAGUAUUUUAAAACAUAAUAUAAAAAGCAGAAACUGGCAGGCUCUUAAGUGAAAGUUUAAAAAAAUCUGCUAAUUAAAAGUACAUACUUCUAAGUGUGAUUUAUCCUGCCAGAGGAAAUCAUACAUGCCUGAUAUAUUUGACCAUUUCCAUUGGUACAAUUGUCAUUAUUCAGAUACGUAUAAUACUAAUAUGGUUCAUAUGCCUCUUAAAGGAACAUGAGAAUUAUUUUCUUUUUAACUGUCAAAUUGCUGGGCCAAAAGAAAAAGAAGUAAUUGAUUUCUUCACCUUAUAGAUACUGUGAAAGCUGAAAAGGCGAGCUCUGAGUGCCAGGGUCCUUUGCGGAACAUUUCUGCUGGAGGAGAGGCCAGGGCACUGUCAGCCGUUCUCAUCCCCAAGUCACAACACCCACAGGGUGCAUCCUUGGUUUUUAAUAACAAACAAUCCUUUCCCUAAGGUGAGAGUAUUGCAGCGUGAGGUGUGGGCGGUUAGAGCCAGCUGUAGAUGCUCGCUUUUGUUUGUUGGCCAAAGGUGUCAAGCUCAGCAGCUGCACACCAGAGAGCAGGUGGGCACAUGGAGUACCAGUCAUCAUGGGAGGUGCUGUUCUGGGGCCCUGCUGCCAUCUGGAUGAGGUCAAUACACUGUAGUACUGCUUAGCCAGGGAGAGUCUGGCAGCAAGAGCUGAAACCUUGCUCAGAUGUGAUUUUUAAAGCACUCUUUUUAAUUAAGCAAAGAUAAUAUGCCAAAAUGCCAUAUACAAUGUCAAAAACAAAAAAUCUUUCUAUUAAUUACUUUGAGAUUUUCCACUCAGGAAAAAAAAUAGGAGUUAUCACAAUAGAAAGCUGUGAGGGCGCAUGCAGACUGUUGCUGUGUCACAUAUAGCUAAUGACGUGUGGCUUUCAUACUUUUUUAAAAAAGUUUACUCAUUCCUUUCAGCAGUAUCUCAGUUUAUCAGUUUAGAGGUACAGCAGUCACAUGACAUUUUUAACUUGUAAAAUUGUGUGAUGAUACUUAUCAUUUGGAAAUAUAGAAAUAAGAAUCUGGCCCAUGUCACCAGACAUGAAUUUUUGAGUAGUUGCUCUCUAAGAGUUGGUGUCAUGAUGUGUCUGAUCAGUCCCUCCUGUCACUGCAUCACUGGGUUGCCACUACUGGGUGGCACAAAAAAAAAAAAAAAAAAAAAAGUUAAAAACGUUUUUUAAAAAAGUCUUAUGUUGCUGUAUUAGAAUUUCUGCAGUUUACAUUUAAAAACUGGUUCAGUGUAUCACAGCAGGUGACUAAUGGUGCAUACCUGUCUUUGUGUCCCCUUCAGUGAGCUGUAGUCGUGGGUUUUGUGUGCUUUGUAGCCUGUUACACGGAAAGCAGCAGACAAUCGAAGAUUGAAGGAGCACUAGCCGCUGCCGAGUCACAGAGUGGGAGUGUAAUAUGGAAGCAUUUUUGAGGGGUUUUGUUUUGUUUUACUUCUUUUCAUUAAGACUGGAAUCAAGCUUAUGUGUAAACUAUUGGUAAUUUAAGUUUCCUUUUGUGUCAUUCAGUGUAAACCUGUCUAAUUUGAAAAAAAUGUAGGAUAUGAAAAAAUAAAGAUUUAGGCACUGUUCAGUUUUUCUUUUGAUUUUUUUAAUUAAAAUAUUCUUUGAGAA